AUGCAUCUCAGGGAGGUACAAAAGAAUUCAACCGCUCCCUUUGGCAGUAUCGGCUGGAUGUUUCACCGGCGAUAUUUCUAUGGAAUGGUUGCCUGCGAGUUUGAAGCAACUUUAUUGAUUUUUUUUGUGCUUGGAGACGGGCAAGAUCGGCUCGCUUAG